CCCGGCCUCCGGCGCCAUGGCCCCCAUGGGCAUCCGCCUAUCCCCGCUGGGGGUGGCCGUGUUCUGCUUGCUGGGGCUCGGCGUGCUCUACCACCUCUACUCGGGCUUCCUGGCCGGCCGCUUCAGCCUCUUCAGCCUGGGCGGCGAGCCGGGCGGCGGCCCGGCGGGGCCCGCGAGCGCGGCCGACGGGGGCACCGUGGACCUGCGCGAGAUGCUGGCCGUGUCGGUGCUGGCGGCCGUCCGCGGCGGCGCGGAGGUGAGGCGCGUCCGCGAGAGCAACGUCCUCCACGAGAAGUCCAAGGGGAAGACGCGCGAGGGAGCCGAGGACAAGAUGACCAGCGGGGACGUGCUGUCCAACCGCAAGAUGUUCUACCUGCUCAAGACCGCCUUCCCUGCGGUGCAGAUAAAUACUGAGGAACAUGUGGAUGCAGCUGAUCAGGAGGUUAUCUUAUGGGAUCGUAAGAUUCCUGAGGACAUCCUGAAGGAAAUAGCCACCCCUAAAGAGGUACCAGCAGAAAGUGUUACUGUCUGGAUCGACCCACUUGAUGCUACACAGGAGUAUACGGAGGAUCUUCGAAAGUAUGUCACUACUAUGGUGUGUGUGGCUGUAAAUGGUAAACCUGUGCUAGGAGUAAUACAUAAGCCAUUUUCUGACUAUACAGCUUGGGCAAUGGUAGAUGGUGGGUCAAAUGUGAAAGCCCGCACUUCCUACAAUGAGAAGACCCCAAGGAUUGUUGUGUCCCGCUCCCAUUCAGGAAUGGUCAAACAGGUUGCUCUUCAGACGUUUGGAAACCAGACAACAAUUAUCCCCGCUGGUGGUGCUGGUUAUAAAGUUUUAGCGCUCUUGGAUGUGCCUGAUAAGAGUCAAGAAAAAGCUGAUCUAUAUAUCCAUGUGACAUACAUCAAAAAGUGGGAUAUAUGUGCUGGCAAUGCCAUCUUAAAAGCCCUUGGGGGGCAUAUGACCACCCUGAGUGGUGAAGAAAUCAGUUACACUGGUUCCGACGGCAUUGAAGGAGGGCUCCUUGCUAGCAUCAGAAUGAACCACCAGGCUCUGGUCAGAAAACUCCCAGAUCUAGAGAAGACUGGGCAUAAAUAAGCAAGGCUAAUUACAGGUCACAGCUCUUCCAGAGUUGAACAGUCAGCCUGAAACGUUGGAGGCUUCAGAGCAUCAGUGAAGACUAUGCAUGGUGAAGGCGAUCCCGAACUUUUUAAAGUAUUUAUGAAGCAUCAGAGAUUUAUUUUCCCUGUGAUAGGAUGCAAGAUCAGGGAAAAUGGGUUGCUUCGUGUCUCAAGUAUUGUCUUUAUUUUUGAGACUAUUUUCGUACAGUUGUCAUACACAAGGCGCGUAUAUAUAUAUAUAUAUAUAUAUUUGUGAAUUAAAAAUCUAUAGCUAAGUCUACAUUGUUAUGAGUCAGCAUUUUGACACAAUAUCAUGAAUCUUCACUAUUUGUUACUACUUUUCGUAUAGAAUUGGGCUGAAGAAAGGAUUGAUUUUGUGUAGAUGUUUAGUAUUACUUUACAAUUAUAUCUCAUUGAAAAUAAAGUAAUUGGGGGUUUUUACUCCUAAUUCAGAUGGAAAGCACAAGAAGCCACACAUUCAUUAAUAUGCAACAAAUGCUCUAUUUAUCUGUUACUGAUUAUUUCUUAUAGAUUAAAAUAGAAAAA